UAAAGUUUUUUGUUUCUUAUUUUCUAUUUGCGUUAUUUUUUUCCUUCUUUAUCGUUAUAUUAUUUAUAUUGUCCAAAGGUGUAGCGGGACCGAUUUCACGAGUUUUUUUGGAGGGAGAGGAAGACGAGGCGCUGAUUUCGGGUCGAUGUCCGCAGCAGCCUAAUGAUGCUGAGCUUUUUCUAUUCAAAAGACGGUGGUUGGUGCGGCGCCUCUUUUGUAGGAGCGCUCGCAGAAAGGCUUAGCGGUCUCUGCCCCAAGAUGCCUGCUGUCAGAGCAAAGCGGGGUUGGUGCGGCUGCUUGCAGGACGAUGAGCCGCCCGAAAUUACAUACUGCGUCGUCGACCAAACCGGUACCCUUUCCCUCCAGACUCUCACCCCUACUCAGCCGAUUCCUCCUGAGGAUGAACUCAACCUCAAAUUUUCUGAGCUGGUUGACGAGCUCGACCUCACAGCACCAAACAAAGCUGCGAUGCUGGCAUUGCCCAAGGAGAAAAAAUGGCAAAUCUACUGCAGUCAGAAAAAAGAUAUCGAAGGACAACAAACAGAUUUAUCACAGUUGCCAGAAAAUUACAUCGAAGCAAUGAAGAACUUGUCACUUACUCCGGCCAAUGAGUGCGAUGCGCUUGAUGAUUUACAAUUGGCGACGGCAACGAGGACCCUAGAUGGCGUGAAGACUGCAUUGAGGACUCAGCCUCACAGUUUUGUACAGGGUUUUCUUGAAUCCGGCGGUCUCACGUCCCUUCUGGCACUUCUCGAUGGAAUGGACUACACGACAUCGCAGUCGACCGUACACACCUCGCUCAUUGGAUGUGUGAAAGCGCUUAUGAACAACUCAACCGGGCGUUCACAUGUCCUCGCUCAUCCCACCGCAAUCCAAACUAUUGCAAGAAGCCUAAGUUCAGAAAACAUCAAAACUAAAAUUGCCGCGUUAGAAAUUUUAGGAGCUGUAUGUCUCGUGCCAGGAGGGCAUAAAAAGGUCCUUGAUGCCAUGACUCACUACCAGGCUUUCACUUCUGAGCGAUGCAGAUUUCAAGGCAUCAUCAAUGAUCUAGACCGAUGGACUGGUCUAUACCGAGAUGAGGUGAAUCUCAAAACGGCAAUAAUGUCUUUUGUAAAUGCAGUACUUAGCUAUGGGCCAGGUCAGGAGAAUCUCGAGUUUCGUUUACACCUUCGCUAUGAGUUCAUGAUGCUUGGGAUACAGCACGUCAUUGAAAAACUGAGAAAGCACGACAAUCAAAACCUUGACAGGCACAUAGAUUUUUUUGAGAUGCUCAGAAAAGAAGAUGAGAAAGAGCUAGAGAGAAAAUUCAAUGUGGACAAAGAUUUUGAUCUGACCAGUGCGACCUCGAUGUUUGAAGUGGUAAGAAGGAAACUUAGCCAUACCGCUGCGUAUCCACAUUUGCUCUCACUACUCCAGCAUUUUCUUUUACUUCCAUUGGAUUACGGAAGCCAGCCCCAGCAUUGGCUCCUCUUUGAUAGGAUUGUACAGCAAAUCGUGACACAGACUGACAACGGAACGAACCACGACGUGUCAAUCGUAGACAUAAAUGUCAAAGAGAUUGUUCAAUUGUUGGUGAAAGAAGAAGAAUUGAUUGCUGCAAGAACAAAAGCAGAAGAGCUUGAGAAAGAAAAUACUGAAAUGGCAAGCAAACUCGCUAAGAAAGAGCAGGAGCUGGACCAAAAGAUACAAGAAAAAGAAGACUUAGAAGCUAGUAUGGUAAGGACUAAAGAGAGGCUUGAAAAAGAGACAGCUGCACAUUUAGAAACAAGGCAGAAAGUAUCGGCACUUGAAGACUCUGCAGCAGAACUUCAACAUAGAUUGGAGCUUGAAGAGAGGGAAAGAAGGCGACUUGAAGUGUUGCUGAGUGAAGGAAGCCUGCCUGAUGAUACCAAGGCUGAAGGGUUGAACAUGGUCAAUGGUCAUCAUCAUUUACCACCACCUCCACCUCCACCUCCUGCUGCGCCAUUGCCACCGCCGCCACCUCCUCCAACGGCGUUGGCACCACCCGGCCCUCCUGUCCUUUCAGCUAACCCACCACCGCCUCAGCAGACAGUGAGACCAGCCAAGAACGUGCCAAAGCCGUCGAACCCACUGAAGUCGUUCAACUGGUCCAAGCUCCCUGACACAAAACUUUCCGGUACUGUAUGGACCGAACUGGACGACACCAAGCUCUACAACUGUAUGGACCUUGAAAGCAUCGAUCGCCUUUUCUGCGCCUACCAGAAAAACGGUGUUGCUGGGUUUAAACGUAAAAGUCAAGAAGACGAUUUAGAAAAUUGUGAAUCUCAGAAGGUUAAUGAAGGUUCAAUUGAAGAUUUACGUCAACUGGGAAAAAACAAAACCAAAAUUCUUAGUGUAAUAGACGGACGAAGGGCUCAAAAUUGCACCAUUUUACUUUCGAAGCUGAAACUCUCCGAUGAAGAAAUCACAAAGGUGAUCAUGAGCAUGGAUUCGAGGGACGAACUGCCACCAGAUAUGGUUGAACAGCUACUCAAGUUCACGCCAAGCUCUGAAGAAGCCGCUCUGCUUGAAGAACACUCUGAGGAAAUCGACAACCUCGCACGUGCCGAUAGGUUUCUCUAUGAAAUAUCAAAGAUCCCUCAUUACGAACAGCGCCUUAGAUGUCUCCACUUUAAAAAACGGUUCUACCACUGGACGGGUGAGGUCCAACCGCGGAUCAAGGCCGUUAUGGAAGCAUCGAGGGAGACGACUCGUUCACGCCGACUACGCAAAGUGCUUGAGGUUGUCCUCGCCCUUGGAAACUAUAUGAACAGGGGUGCGAGGGGAAAUGCUUGCGGCUUCAGACUUGGAUCGCUCAAUCGACUAGCUGACACAAAGUCAAGUCAAUGUAAAGGAACCACCCUUUUGCACUACUUAGUUGAAGUUUUACAAAAUAAAUUCAAGGAUGCACUGAAACUUGAAGAAGACAUGCCACAUGUUAAAGAAGCAGCAAAAGUCAGUCUGCAGGAGUUAGAAAAGGAUAUGUCACAACUCAAAGUGAACUUGAAGGAAGCUGAAAGAGAACUGGAAUUCCAGAGAGUUCAACCGGUUGUUCCUGGUGACAGGUUCCUCCCUGUGAUGAAAGAUUUUGUCGCUGUUGCAACGUGCAGGUUGACUGAGUUGGAAGACAUGUUUCAUGAUAUGAAAACAAGGUUUGACCGUGCUGUUCGGACAUUUGGUGAAGACAACUCUUCGAUACAGCCUGACGACUUUUUUGGUAUCUUUGAUGCCUUCCUAAUAUCUUUCGCUGAUGCACGGACUGAUAAUGAGAACUGGAGAAAGCGUAAGGAGGAGGAGGAGAAACGAGCCAGGCAGGAAGCCGAGAUGAAGAAAAGGACUAUGGAAAGAAAGAAUUCAAGGACUGUUGAAAAGUCACAGCUUGGAGCUGCAUUACACAACGGAAUGCACAACGGCGUUCAGAAUGGAAAAGGCCAGAACGGUGCUAAGGGUGAAUUCGAUGAUCUCAUAUCGGCUCUGAGGACUGGCGACGUAUUUGGAGAAGAUAAGAUUAAAAGAAGUCGCAAAUCACGUUUCAACGCAUCGCCACCACGACGCAACUCCCUUAACCGAGAAGAUUCACGCGAACGAGUGAUUUCCAGAAUCCAGAGUUAAUUUAUGCAAUCAAACCUUACCGAGAUUUUAUCCAAUAUUUUUAACACAAGAUGCUAGUCGUCAAAUUUAUUUUAUUCAAACAACCAAAGAGGUUUUACAAAAUUGAUUUUCUCAAAUAAAGUUAUUUUUAUUAA